AUGUCCACGUGGAAGGCGAGGCUCACCAAAAGCCUGACAUUCCCAUCUCGAAGGAUGCACUCCUUUCCCUGCUCAGCUCUGCUGGCUUGUUUUGGUAACACCAGGGAGAAUGCCGCCUUUGAUCAGUCCAGCUCAGCUGAUCCUCACUCCACCAUCUAUGUCCAGCCCACGGCCAAAGCAGGCAGGCAUCCAAGUCGCCCCAAGGCAGAAGACGAAAGAGUUCCGGAGAGAAGGCGAGGUUCUGAUAUGCGCUCAGAGAGAAAUGGCAGCGCCAAUGGCGAUAACAGCAAACACACCGUUGUCCAGCCUGCAGAGACCCCUGAGAAUGUGCCCAGGUCCCUAAAUGACGAACCAGACUGUGAAGCGGUAACUUUCCAGACAUCCAUCCCCAGACCGUCAAUCAUCGACAUGCCGAAGGAAGAAGAAUUCCAACCAGAGCGCCAGUGUCCUGAGCUGGAACAGACGGAGCUGUCAGAUAGCCCACUUGAGGAUACUGAUUCCAAAGACUCCUGUCUCAUUCCUAAAAACAUCAUGGCCGAGCCAGACUACAUAGAAGAUGACAAUCCUGAACUAAUUAAGCCCCAGAAGCUAAUCAACCCUGUCAAAACAUCCCGAAACCAUCAAGACCUCCACAGAGAGCUCCUUAUGAAUCAAAAAAGGGGUUUGGCCCCUCAGAAUAAACCAGAGUUGCAGAAGGUGAUGGAGAAGAGGAAACGAGACCAGGUAAUAAAGCAGAAGAAAGAGGAAGCGCAGAAGAAGAAAUCCGACCUGGAAAUAGAACUACUAAAGCGGCAGCAGAAGUUGGAGCAGCUUGAACUUGAGAAGCAGAAAUUACAAGAAGAGCAAGAAAACGCCCCGGAAUUCGUGAAGGUGAAGGGCAAUCUCAGGAGAACAGGCCAGGAGGUGGCUCAGGCCCAGGAGUCCUAGGCCCAAGCUGCCUAUGACCUGGUGUGUCCCCACCGUCGCUGUAGGAGCAUGGCUGGGACCUCGGCAGCUCUCAUCUUGGGCCAAUGUCCCGAGGAAGAGAAUCCAGAUCGCCGAGAAUUCUGACUAUUAAAAAGGAUUGGGUUUGAUUUACCAUCA